GUUUGUCCGCGUCAUGUGACCGCUCUGCUGUUUUCCGCCUGGAAGCUGCGUCUCGUAGUUGGAGUUGGUUGUUGUCAGGAGGCGCUGGGAGUCGGGAGGGUUUUCCAGCAUGCAGAACGUGAUCAACACCGUGAAGGGCACGGCUCUGGGGGUGGCGGAGUUCCUGACCCCGGUCCUGAAGGAAUCCAAGUUCAAGGAGACUGGAGUGAUCACACCUGAGGAGUUCGUAGCAGCUGGAGAUCACCUGGUCCAUCACUGCCCCACGUGGAAGUGGGCCACUGGAGAAGAAUCCAAGGUGAAACCAUAUCUGCCACCAGAUAAACAGUUUCUCCUGACCCGGAAUGUUCCUUGUUACAAGCGCUGUAAACAGAUGGAGUACUCUGACGAGCUGGAAGCCAUCAUAGAAGAAGACGACGGCGAUGGAGGCUGGGUGGACACCUAUCACAACUCAACAGGUGUGUUGGGAGUCACAGAUACCAUCAGAGACAUUUCUUUGGACAAUAAUAAGGACCAGAACAUGAACGCCCCGUCUGCAGCGUGUUGUGCUGAUGACGAGGAGGAUGAAGAGGGGGAAGCAGCAGAUAUGGAAGAGUAUGAGGAGAGUGGGCUGUUGGAAACGGACGAGGCCACGCUGGACACCAGUAAAUUGGUGGAGGCGAAGGUGAAAGCCGAAGCAGGGAGUGAAGACGCCAUCCUGCAGACCAGAACCUACGACCUGUACAUCACCUACGAUAAGUACUACCAGACCCCCCGCCUCUGGCUCUUUGGAUAUGAUGAAGACCGACAGCCCCUGACGGUGGAGCAGAUGUAUGAGGACAUCAGUCAGGACCAUGUGAAGAAGACGGUGACCAUUGAGAACCACCCCCACCUUCCUCCACCUGCCAUGUGUUCCGUGCACCCCUGCAGACACGCUGAGGUGAUGAAGAAGAUCAUCGAGACGGUGGCAGAGGGAGGAGGAGAGCUGGGAGUUCACAUGUACCUUCUGAUUUUCCUGAAGUUUGUUCAGGCCGUUAUUCCAACAAUAGAAUAUGAUUACACGAGACACUUCACCAUGUAGCUGGCAGGUGUCCAGGUGACCUGUUGGAGAGCCCAGCGUGACCACGAGAGGAGCUCACAGGUUUAUUUCACCCAGAACCAGGCACUGAGGGCCCAGAUGAAGGUGGUCCCAUGCUGUGGAUGCUGUCUCUGGAUCAUCUGUGGAGGUCCACCUGCUGCAGCGCGCUUUCAGCUCUUUGACCACAUGUUGGGCUCUCUACGCUCUGGAGUCGUGGUCCUUAUAUCUGGCUGUGCUUCUACAACUCGAGCAUCUCGGUGUUACAACAGGUUCUGUUGGUUCCUUUGGUUCGUCUCGUCUCCUGAUCGUUCAAAGUGAUGUACAUUUAUCAAUAAAGUUUCACAAAUAUUAACCACA